AUGACACACAUGCGGUUUCAUGGUCCUUGUGCUUUGGCCCUUGUGUCCUGUCAUCGGUACCGGCACCGUCCCCUUUUGUCCGAGUCCCUGUCAGAGGUUGUGAUUGAUGCCCAUUCGGCUGAUGAUGACCUUGCCUCGGAAACUAGCAUCGGACCCUCUGGUCAAGCAAGCCGAAUCUUCUACCUCAAGACGGAAGAGGCGGCCGCGAAGCGGUGUGACUCGAAGCAGCGGCAUAGCUUCGUGUGCUCCGACCUCGGUUGGGCUUACUCUACGCCCCAGCGACCGGUUGUCGUUCUCCCGUUUUCCCCACAUGCCACGGACUUUCACACCUCAGGUCAUACAAAGACUGGAGAGUCUCAACAUGCUCUGAUCGCCCAUCUUCACCGUAGCCUCUUCGAUGGUCUGACGUCUGAAAUGAAUAAUGUGUGGUUUCUUUAA